AUGACUUUCAUACCAACAGAAAUUAUAGACGGUGUUCCAAUCUUCAAACCUACAUUCGAUGAAUUUAAAUCAUUUGAAUCAUAUAUCGAUCACAUAAGACAUUAUGGUAUGAAAUCCGGAAUAAUUAAAGUCAUACCCCCUAAAAAAUGGCUGGAUCUCUUGGAUAAAAAUAAACACUACUUGGAUCUCCAGUCUUUGCAAAACAUUAAAAUAAAAUCUCCCAUCCAGCAAAAUAUCUCCGGUAAUAAAGGCCUUUACAUGAUACAGAACAUCGAAAAGAAAAAAAUUUAUAAUAUCAUUCAAUGGAAAAACGUAUCAGCUGAUUACAAACUACCAAAUAACCCCAGAUAUAACCACGCCACCAUAGCUGCCACAACUAACACUACAUGUCUCAAUAUCAAUGACAACAACAAGGAUUUUGAAACCUUUAAACAAAAUAAUGAAGACUUGCUUUAUCUGGCUCAGUUUCAUGACAAAGAAAGAACAGAUUUUUUAGAAGCCUACUAUUGGAAAACUUUGAAUUUUAUAAUGCCCAUAUACGGCGCAGAUACCCCAGGUUCUUUAUUCCCAAACGAUUUCUCUAUAUGGAACUUGAAUAUGCUGCCCAAUCUAUUAAAUUUCAUAGAUAAAGACAUCCCCGGUGUAAAUCAUUCUUACCUUUACGCAGGUGCAUGGAAAUCCACGUUCGCAUGGCAUUUGGAAGAUCAGGACCUUUACUCAAUCAACUAUAUCCACUUCGGUUCCCCUAAACAAUGGUAUUCUAUACCUCAGGAAGACCUGACUAAAUUCGAAUCUUUCAUAAAAGAGCAAUUCCCAAACGAAUUCAAAUCUUGCCAUGAGUAUCUAAGACAUAAGACCAUCUUAGUAUCGCCACAAUUACUAAGGGACAACAAUAUUCGUUGUAAUAAAAUCGUCCACUACCAAAAAGAAUUCAUCAUUACUUUCCCUCAUGGAUACCAUGCAGGUUUCAAUUAUGGGUAUAACUUAGCAGAAGCAGUCAAUUUCGCCGAUGAAUAUUGGCUGGACCAUUUCGCUCCCGUCACUAAAUCUUGUAACUGCGUAAGGGAUUCAGUGGAGAUUAAUGUUCAGAAACUAAUCAAUAAUUAUAGGGUUAAAAAUCCUAAAUAUAAAAAAAGUAUAAAAAAGGAAGAUAACAGCAGCAACAGUAUUAUCAUGGCUCCUUUGAAUAAUAACCAAACAGAAAAUCUUAUACAAUCUAAUGUUUCUUUAAGAUCAACCAGCCCUGCUCCAAUGGACCCUUUAAUAAAUCAGUCUUCCAUCAGUAGAGUAUCGUCUCCGUUUCUGGCUAAAAUGAUGGACCUUUCAAAUAUCAUUGAACCAACCUUGGAAGACACAACAUUGAAAUUCAAUAAGAAAAAAAUUAAUUCGACAGAUAAUAAUAAUAUUAAUAAUAUUAAUAUUAAUAUAUCUAGUGUUACUGCUACCAGUAACACCCCCACCCCCACCCCCACCACCAUUACUACUAAUAAACAAACAAAUUCUAAUAUGAAGCCACUCCAAGGAGUACUAUCUUUAUCUCAAUUACAAUUGCAAUUACAACAUCCAAGACCAUCUCUUUUGUCUCAAGAUAAUAUAAAUGAUCCCAAAAGAUUCAUGCAAAAUCAUAUAUCGAAUAUCAACAAUCCCAUAAUGUCUCCAUCACCAUUGUCUCCAUCGAUUUUAAAGGAUCAGUUAUUAAAUAAUAAUAAUAAUAGUAGUAGUAGUAGUAACAAUAACAAUAACGGACAGAUAAAUGAUGCAACAAUCAAUAAUCAAUUGAUUCAUCCAAAUCCUAUGAAUCCAAAUAGACCAAAUAGUGCAAUUCCGUUCACUUUUGAUGAUAACGAUGAUAAUCUGCUAGCAAUGAGUUUAACUUCUUUGGCCAAUAGUGGAAGGUCCUCACCUAAGACUUUGAAACCCAUGUUAAAUACAUCUAUAGAUAUUAAUAAUUCUCCCUUAAGCAAAAUGUUUUCUAAUAGAGAAGGUAUCAGCAUUUCUAAAACACCUACUAAUAUUUCUAAUGACAUGAAGAGACCGACUCCCUUAAGAUCAUUUUUAUCCCAAAAAAGUAGUAAUACUUUUAGACCUUUAUCACCAUUCAACAACUUAUUAACAAGCCAAAAUUCUAAUAACAAUAACAACAACAACAAUAAUAAUAAUAACAAUAUUAUCAGUAAUGUUAACAACAGUAAUAGUAUUGGUAAUAUUAAUAGUGAUUCAGGGAAAAUAACGGCGACGAGUUCAUCUAGUAUGCCAUUUUUGAAAAGAACAAAAUCGUCAAAUAUUGUGACAUUAAAUAUAUCAAGGGAAGGCUCAAGAAGUCCUGUUACAAUGCUUAACCCUAUGAAUACAAACGGCCCUGGUUCUAAUAGUUUGUUGAAUAAAGAUGAUUCACUUCUUUCACCUACUGUUUCAACAGUGUAUCCAAAUUUAUUCAAUUCAAAUGCCAGUGAUAGAUUAGAAUCUGGUUUUUCAUCUACUACAGCUACUACUAGUGCUACUACUAACACAACAACAGCAGCAACAAUAAGAAGACAAUACGACAAAAAUAGUGACAAUCAAUCUAGUAGAAAACGUCCAAAGAAAAAUACAGAUUCAUCUUUAUCUGUAUCGCAGGAUAUUGUCAAAAAUGGUCAAAAGACAAAUGUCAAGGGUUCUUCGGUUAUUUCGCCACCAGGAAGAUUCAGUCGUGAAGAAGUAAUUGUAUCUGAAUCUGGAAAAGUGUAUAUAUGCCAAGAAUGUAAAAGAAAAUUUUCUUCAGGACAUCAUCUUACAAGACAUAAGAAGUCCGUACACUCUGGUGAAAAGCCAUACUCUUGUCCUAAAUGUGGGAAGAAGUUCAAAAGAAGGGAUCAUGUUCUACAACAUUUGAAUAAGAAAAUUCCAUGUACUCCAACUGAUAACGAAGAGAGUAAUUCAACAGCUAAAACUGCAGGAAAUAGCCAAAAUAAUGAGAGUCCAGCAACUGCUGAGACAAGAACUGUAAAAGUGACUGGGUCCUCAUCAUCUUACUCUGCAUCUGUAACAAAUAUCGAAGCAUCGAUGCCCAAUGUAAGUAUUGGACAUGAUAUGGUACGACAAGAAAGUGAGAAAAAUGAGAUAAACAGUCCACCAAUAACCAAUUGA